UUACAGACAAAACUUAGGACAAAAUUGUCCGGAACUUCCCUAUCGAAAUCUGAAUUUCUAUUGGCCAGUUUAGCGGUUGCGUCGAGCAAAGCGGAAGUUUUGGGUAUCUGUGAUGAGAGCAAAAUGCUGGGAGAUCUGUUAAUAUUUGGGACACUGUUGCUGAAUUCAGCGGCUGUGCUGAACUUCAAGCUGAAGAGGAAGGAGUCGCAGGGGUUUGGUGAUGUGCCCUUAGAACGAACAACAGGUGACAACAUCAGGGAGUUCCUGCUCAGCUUGCGAUACUUCCGGAUCUUCAUCGCUCUAUGGAACAUAUUCAUCAUGUUCUGCAUGAUUUUACUCUUUGGAUCAUGACCAACAUUCGGGCCUUCACUGGGCUUUUCUCAAGACGGACGCUAUGGACUCAUCGACCAGACUCUUCUGCUCCUUUUUGCUCUAAUGAUUUAGGUUUUGUUUACAGCCCAGUAAUUGUAAUUCUUCUUCCUGCUGUAUAGACUGCAUGAUUUUAUUUAUUUUCUCACUCAGAAGUUGUUACUCUUUGUUUUUUUCUUCAGCUGUAACUUUUCCAUAUUUGUUGACUAUUCAUUGGUUUGUUCCUUUAAAAGAAAGCUGUUAAUUUUCCACAGUUUCACAAUCAAACAUCUGGCUUGUUUUCCUUUUGACUACAGAACCAUCCCUUCAGAUAAAUGCAUCAGAUGCAUCAUCAUCAGUUUUCAUUCUUCCACCUGCAUUGUAAGGGAUAGAUGUGACAUUUAGGGUUUUUUUUAUUUUUUGUCUUCUUUUAUUUCUGGACACCUGUGCUGUAAGUAAGUAUAUAUGCAUUAUAUUGUAAAUGUGUCAUUCUUAAUAAAAGAAAAAAAAUAAACUAUAUACUUUAUAAUGGAAAAAAGA